AUGAACUUCCAACCAUGUUGCCUUGAAGACAUUUUUUCUUUUGACGAGAAACUACUUCUGUCGGAAUCACAAUAUUCAAUAGAAACGCAAAAUGACUCUUGGGAAUCGCAAAUUAAUCCAGAUGAAUUUAACCAGUUGUAUGAUGUGUUACAACAAGAAUCAUUAUUAUUAAAUCUGGGAGAUGAAAUACAAAAGCAACAACCAACACAACCAUACCCAACAGAAUCGCAGAAAUAUUCCUGGGAAUCGCAAACUUUUCAAGGUGAUUAUAAUAAGCAACGUGAUAUGUUACAGCCAGAACAAUUAAUAAUAAACCAGGGAAAUGAAAUACAAGAGCAACAACUAUCGCAACAACAAUCGCUACAAUUACCAAUAAACUCGCAGCAAUACCAAUGCGAAUCGCUAACUUAUCAAUGUGAAUCUUGGCAGCAGAACGAAAUAUUGCAAACAGGACCAUUAAUGUUAAACCAGGGAGAGAAAAUACAAGAGAAACAACAUUCACAACAAUAUCUAAUAGAAUCGCAGAAAUUCGGAUACGAUUCGCAAGAAUUUCGUCAGCAGCACAGAAUAUUUCAACAAGAAUCAAUAAUAAUCAAUCAGGAAAAUGGAAUACAAGAACAACAACCUACUAAUAUCGUAGAGGCAACUUCAUCUAUCUCUCCCUCCCCGCGUUCUGAAGAAGUAACUACUAAGAAAACAGGAAAACGAAAAAGGACUGCAUUCAAAAGUAAUCAACUGAAAGACUUAGAAAAUGAAUUUAAACGGCACCGUUAUCUCUGUCGACCACGAAGGAUAGAAUUAGCGGAGACACUUUGUUUGACUGAAAGACAAAUCAAAAUAUGGUUUCAAAAUAGGCGUAUGAAAUUUAAAAAGGACGAAAGUUCGAAGAACGGUUCAAGUGCUAUGGAAUAUACGAGUGUAAAUAAAAAAUUGAUGCAAAGCACGAUUGAAGAAUCGACAGUUAUUCAUUCUUACAUUCCACCUUCGGGUGCUGAUCAACAACAAUAUAUCGAAAAUUCAUUUUCUUCAAUCAAUAAUGUGUAUAAUUCUAUACAAAAUAGUGUUCAGCAGCAACUGUUGAAUAAUUUCACUAAUUUUAAUUAUAUCAAUAAUCUAGGUGGAUCAGAAAAAUGUGUACAUACUUCGUAA